AUGUCUGGCAUGGUGAAAGAUUUCUCUUGCAUCGGAGGACUGGAAAAGCAUAUCAGAAUUGUGAAGGAGAUGGUCCUAUUCCCAUUGAUGUAUGGAGAUGUAUAUGCUAAAUUCAAUCUCAGACCACCACGUGGUUUACUGUUCCAUGGCCCUCCAGGAACGGGAAAGACUCUAGUAGCCAGCGCAUUAGCGACAGAAUGCAGCAAUUCCGAACGUAAGGUCUCCUUCAUCUCGCGCAAAGGUUCCGACUGUCUUAGCAAAUGGGUUGGAGAAAGUGAGAAGAAGCUCGAAAAAAUUUUCUCUCUGGCACAACAGACAAAACCAUGCAUCAUUUUUUUCGACGAAGUCGAUGGUCUCGCGCCUGUGAGAUCUAGUCGGCAGGAUUUUGUUCAUGCCAGCGUUGUCUCCACUCUUUUGGCCCUGAUGGAUGGUCUGGAUAACAAUUCCGAGAUCAUAGUGAUAGGCGCGACUAACAGAAUUGAUGCGAUAGAUCCUGCUCUGAGGAGACCCGGCAGAUUUGACAAAGAACUGUACUUCCCUUUGCCUUGCUACAGCGCCAGAAAAGAGAUACUUUCGGUGCACAUCAAAAGCUGGAAGCAGAAACCUGCACAGAAAUUCUUGGCAAAUCUGGCAUCGAAAACGCUAGGAUUCUGCGGCAGUGAUCUGCAGGCUCUUUGCGCUGAAGCAGUUAUGUGCUCCGUUCGCAGAAAUUAUCCACAGAUCUAUAAUUCCAAGUCUAAGUAUCACAUCAAUGAACGCCAUCUCAAAGUGGAAAAGGAAGAUUUCUUGAAGGCACGCCAAAACAUCGUUCCCGCGUCGCAUCGCGUCAUCGUCGCCCCGAUUAAAAGCUUAUCCUUCAGAAUCCAACCGUUAUUGCACGAGGAUUUGUCGGGAAUCCUGUUGCGUUUACAAACACUUUGUCCAACUGGCAUGCUGACUUCCGACAACAUUACAGGUAAAGCCAUGUCCAAAUCGAACAGCUGUCCGCGAAUUUUGCUGUGCGGUGAAGACGAUUCUCACACUCGUCAUCUAGGCCCGGCGUUGCUGCACACCCUGGAACACUUGCCGUGUCACAUCUUGGACGUUACGACGUUGUUUGAGGAAACGGGCAAGGCGGCUGAAGAAGCCAUGAUACAAAAGAUCAAAACCGCGCGACGCACCCUACCAGCGUUGCUGUAUAUGCCCGGGGUCUUGACCUGGUGGGAUCUGGUGGAUGAGACGGCGAGAGUGGUUUUUACCUCUUUAAUACGUGGUCUCGAUCGAUCAGUGCACAUACUCGUGCUAAUGACCGCUCACUGUCGACACAUUAAUCUGCCAUCAGAGAUUGCAGAAUUGUAUGAUAAUAAUCGUGGCGAAAUAUACGAAGUGAAAUCGCCUUCGCCGCAAAAGCGACAUUUCUUUUUCAAGCAGUUGUUCAAUGAAAAAUCCGACAGUCUUUCCGAUCACUCUUCGCAAGGUGAUUAUCCGUCUGAAAUAAUAACAAUGAAGAUUAAAACACAAUCGAAAGCGCGAAAUAAGCUCGGAGCUGUACGGUCCUUGCACUCGACGUCUUCCAAAUCGAGAACGAACAUCAAGAGAGAAUACAACGCGUCCGGGGAAGGUCCGUCAUCCAAACGGCAGAGAUUAAGCGCCUCUUCGGUCCCGUCUAGCACCGAGAAAUUGUACAGCUCACAAUUCGAGGAUUUGGUCGAAACGAUUGUCAGAUCAACCGACGAGUGGCCGAGUCAUCUACUGGAGAGCCUGUUCUCUUCCCUCGAACUCGCAAUGGAGAACAACGGAGAUCUAUCCGUGACGGUGAACGAAUACGUCGCUCGUUAUGAAGAAUUAAAACGGGUCAAAAUGCAUAUAAAGCAAGAAGAGGAUUAAUCGUUAAUUUGGUCCCUCGUGAAUCGUUUGUGUGAUGUCCAAAUUUGUGAAAUUUGUGAAACAUAAUAGAUAAAUAAUACAAUGAAAAAUUCGUGAAAUGUAAUAUUGUGAUGUAAUAAAUGACGCGGUAAACAUUAAA